AUGCAGCGAUUGUCAGCAGCCGUAGCGAAAAGCGUAAUUCGUCACGACCUCAUUCUUGGACACAACAGCCAAAUUAUGCAAACCCUAAGACCGCCGUGCAACGUGUUCAUAAACCACCGUGGUAUCGAGACCAAACGGAACAUUGCCAGCUUGUUGUACGAUUUCCUGACUUUGCUCGACCUUCGUCCUUUCUUGGAUAGGAAGAGCAUGAAGCCCGGAGAUAAGCUGUUUGAUGAGAUCAAUGGGGCCAUAUAUGGUUGCAAAGUUGGGGUGGCGGUGUUCUCGCCUCGUUACUGCGAAUCGUGGUUCUGUCUCCAGGAGCUCGCUUUGUUGAUGGAGACGAAGAAGAAGGUGAUACCCAUUUUUUGCGAUGUGAAACCAUCUCAGCUUCACGUCGUGGACGAGGUGACGCAUUCGGCCGGGGAUUUGCAAAGAUACAGGCAUGCCCUUGAGGAAGCCAAGAACACUGUCGGUCUUAGUUUCUGUUCAUCAAAAGGGGACUGGUCUAAGCUACUGAGAGAUGUAUCGGAUGCAGUGGUACAAAACUUGCCGGAGGCAGAAGAAGAGAAGCCCUAA